AUGCUGAGCCUCUUAUCUCCAUACUACAUUUUAUUUGAAGAAACCACCCAGCUGGAGGAUCCUCGCCUUGAAUAUCGGAAACUCCAGGAGAAAAUGCUCAGGGACUACGUCAUCGUCGCACAGGAAGACUUGGCGGCGAAGCAGGAGAUUUACGAGCUCAAGAGGCAGCGCCUAUCCAUAGCACAAGAUGAAUAUCAGCAUCUCAGCUCUGCUCUCAAUCAUCUUUCCACGUCUCACUCUAGCUUAUGUUCAAGUAGUAGCAGUGGGAGCACGAAAUAUGAUCCUGACCUCCUCAAAGCUGAUGUUGCCCUGGCAAAGACCAGGGUUUACAGAUUACGUCAAGAAUUGGAGAGGAUCCGAAAUGAAAUGCAAUAUAAGCAACAGGGUGUCGAGAUCCUCUCCAGUGUGGAGCAAAAAUUCAGCAAUAAUCCCAGUGGGUACAGUUUAUCAGAAGCAGAAGCUAUUCAUCAGGAACUGAAGCAAGUUCAGCACUCCCUUUAUGAGGGUGAGAGGGAAAAGGCAGAACUAAUCCAUUCUCUUGCUCGGCUCAAGGAUGACCUCACAAGAAUUCAAGCCCAAGACAGCUCACCUGAUGUGUCCACCCUCAGUCUGGUCCAAGAGAAACUCAGCACUGCAUCACAGACUGACCUAUCUGGAGAGAUAAUGCCAAUAGGUGCAAGAUUGGCAGAGCUGGCUCGCAUGCGUCUCCAAUAUGAUGAAGCUCGCAGAGGAAUUCAGUGCAUCCAGAACUCCUUGGCUGAAUUGGACAGCAAAAUCACUCCUGGAGAAACUGAAUCUGAUAAAGACAGACUGCUGUUGAUUCAAGAGAAGAAGCAAUUGCUGAGAGAACUGAGAAGUAUCCCUAGCACAGGUCGGUCUCCAACAGAAAUGAGGGCUAUUAGGGAGCAGAUACAGCGACUUGAGGAUGACCUCAAUAACCAAAUGGCCAUAUCAUCAAAGGCUAUAGCUGAGAGAUUGAAGCUCCAUGAAAGCCGGCAGGCAUUGUUGCAGCAGCUGGGAUCUGGACUCCGAAAGACUGCAGCAUUAGAGAUGCAACUGAGGUCCAUGUCUGCCUCAACUCUCAGUGUUUCCAGUGGCUCAUCUCUUGGUUCCUUGUCUACUUCCUCCUCACUCAGCUUCACUGACAUCUAUGGACUUCCCCAGUGGCAGCCAGAUGGAACAAAUGUGGUGGAGCUCCAUCAGCGGGUGGAGCAGUUGAUGGGUAGCAGCAGCUCCUCAAGUGAUAUUUGUACAGGGGUGAUAUCAGAGGAACCAAGCCAGGCAUUGGAUCUGGAGGCUCCUUUGUUGGAGAUGCGUCUCUCAGAUCCUCCCAUAUCCCUGCCACCUGUUCCAAAUCCUCCACUCUCUCCUGCAUCAGGAAAUAGCAAUCCUCGCUCUGUCUCAGCAGCAGUCAGUAAUGAGUCAGUUGCUGGGGACUCAGGUGUCUAUGAAGCCAUCCAGUCCAAUGCCAAGCCUCGGCUGGCUCUUCCUGAAUUGGGUGCUGAGACUGCCCAACUUCUUGUGAAACUGAGGUGUAUCAAGGGAGCGAUCCUUCCAUCGCUUCCAGGUGCAAAUGUUGUCACUUGCUCAACUGCCUUAGAAGAAGGCUCCAAGGCUUCCUUUGGGGAAAGUUUUCCCUUUUGUAUCCCAGUGAAGAAGCUCUAUGCCAAAACACUUCAGCUCAAUGUCUGGUCCAUCUGUUUUUCUGGGCAGGAAGAUUGCCUGGGUUGCACUCAGAUCAGUCUGGCUGACUUUAUGCCUGAAUCAACAAGCAUCAAAUGGUAUAAUGUCCUCAGCUUCCGGUUCAUGCAACCAGAAAUCCCCAGUACUGCUGCUGCCUCACCUGACCCUAAGCCUGAGCAGGAAUGCAUCAGGAAGUCUAGUCCGUCUAAGUCAGCUGAGGAAGCAGGACCUGGGAAUGUUGGGAAAGCAGUUCCAGGAGUAGAUUCAAUGACUUCGACCCUUGAGAGGGGGAGUGGGAAAGAAGAGAGCAGUGAUGAAUCCACAGUCAUCUCCUCGCAGACAUCCACCUUGACCAGGAAUCAAGGACCAGAUAUGAUUGAAAUGAUUCUUGGGAUUAAGGCAGAAGACCUUCAGGGAUGUUUGGAUGAUUCAGAUGAAGAGAACGAAGAUGAGGAUGAUGAAGAUGAAGAUGAGGAUGAGGCUGAUGAAGAUGAAGAUGAGGAUGAGGCUAGAGUGAGCCAGGAUCAAGCCCAGUUCCUUCAUGACCUCUUGUGUUCAGCUGAAGGGGUCAGUUCAAUUCCUAUUCUGGGUCCAAUCCCAAAUCAACCAGGAGAGGAACAGGAGUGUUCUUGUGUAGAGUAUGCAGACAAGGAAACCAACACAGAAUGUGUGUUCUUGCCAUGUGGUGGUGGACCUUCAUCAAGUCCUUUGGGGGCCAGUCCCAAAACUGCCAUAGUAAAGCGUUCUCAAACCUUUUCUCCAAGUGCACCUCUGAACAAACACCAUUACAUCUGCAGGCUGAAUCGGAGUGACAGCGACAGUUCUAUGCCCCUCUACAGACAUGAAGGUAGUAUGGUGUUGAGUAUGGGUGCCUCAUUCCAGCGCAAUUCUUUAAAUCGACGCUCCAUGCGGUGGAAGGGUGUCCAAGCACCAUGUGGCCAUAAAGUCUCUCCCUUGACAUCUUCCUCUCCUGCUCACCCCCCUCGCACUUCCUUAGACCUUGAACUGGACCGAGCAGCUCAGAAGACAAGACUUAAAAUCCUCCAAGAAGAGUUGGCUCAGUUGCGACAGCUCAAAGAGAAGUUACAAGCAUCUGCACAAAUGCCCAACUGGCUAGAGGAUGAAGAACUUCAGAACAUGUUGGAGCAGGUUUGCCUCUUCUAGGAAAAGAUGGAAUUCUUCACACAUCCCAAUCACCACCAGAUUCCAUUUCCUCUUGAGCUGGAAGAAGCCUUAAAGCGGCAGCAGCAAAAGCAUCAAAAGGAAGCUGAUGGCAAAUCCAGAGCUUCCACAUCUUCUUCCUUUGAUCAUGACAUUGGCGUGAUAGUGUGAGAACUUCCUUCUGUCUCAACCCAUCAACGUGCCAAAGAAGAGAGUUAUAUGGCACGUGUUGAGGAGAAAAAAGAAUUUUUGUUUCCAAGGUACAACAUGUUCGUGGUGCCUACUUUCACUGGUGCUUUACAUUUGGGGAAGUUAUCUUUCUCCUGCAGCCGGUCUGCAGUCUCAUGUACAGAGCAAGUUCAUUGUGAAUGUGUGACAGAAAAGAGAAAUUUAUUCACUAAUAUAAGGUUGGCAAGCCUUUAUGUCACCUAUUUUGAUGCAGCCUGGAUGCUCUCUUUUUUUUUCCCUUACUGUACUUGGCAUGAUUCAUGUUAAAGACUGUCUUCGCAUGAUGUCAUUUUGUUUUGUCUCCGGACAUGAGCUCAUGUUUUUCAUUUCUCCUUCCCUUGCGACGAGUCUCCUUGUUUUCUCCUUUGCACAAGAUUUGAAAGUGCAGCAACGGAAGGGGUCUGUCUUGAUAUUAUAUUCAAAAAGAACAUGUUUCUAGAAAUGUGUGUACAUAGAUUUUUGUCAUCUAAUUAGAUUUUUUGAUUAAAUAUUUUUUAAAAG